AUCCUUCACUGGUAGCCUGGUAACAUACACUCCCAGGCCUUUCUCUGCCUCUGUGGUGGAUAGUGGAGUGUUUCCCAUGUGGUAUUGGUGUGCUGGAUAUCCCUUCACUGGUAGCCUGGUAACAUACACUCCCAGGUCUUUCCCUGCCUCUGUGGUGGAUAGUGGAGUGUUUCCCAUGUGGUAUUGGUGUGCUGGAUAUCCCUUCACUGGUAGCCUGGUAACAUACACUCCCAGGCCUUUCUCUGCCUCUGUGGUGGAUAGUGGAGUGUUUCCCAUGUGGUAUUGGUGUGCUGGAUAUCCCUUCACUGGUAGCCUGGUAACAUACACUCCAAGGUCUUUCUCUGCCUUUGUGGUGGAUAGUGAAGUGUUUCCCAUGUGGUAUCGGUGUGCUGGAUAUCCCUUCACUGGUAGCCUGGUAACAUAUACUCCCAGGCCUUUCUCUGCCUCUGUGGUGGAUAGUUGAGUGUUUCCCAUGUGGUAUUAGUGUGCUGGAUAUCCCUUCACUGGUAGCCUGGUAACAUACACUCCAAGGUCUUUCUCUGCCUCUGUGGUGGAUAGUGGAGUGUUUCCCAUGUGGUAUUGGUGUGCUGGAUAUCCCUUCACUGGUACCUUGGUAACAUACACUCCCAGGUGUUUAUCUGCCUCUGUGGUGGAUAGUGGAGUGUUUCCCAUGUGGUAUUGGUGUGCUGGAUAUCCCUUCACUGGUAGCCUGGUAACAUACACUCCCAGGUCUUUCUCUGCCUCUGUGGUGGAUAGUGGAGUGUUUCCCAUGUGGUAUUGGUGUGCUGGAUAUCCCUUCAGUGGUAGCCUGGUAACAUACACUCCCAGGUGUUUCUCUGCCUCUGUGGUGGAUAGUGGAGUGUUUCCCAUGUGGUAUUGGUGUGCUGGAUAUCCCUUCACUGGUAGCCUGGUAAAAUACACUUCCAGGUCUUUCUCUGCCUCUGUGGUGGAUAUUGGCGUGUUUCCCAUGUGGUAUUGGUGUGCUGGAUAUCCCUUCAGUGGUAGUCUGGUAACAUACACUCCCAGGUCUUUCCCUGCCUCUGUGGUGGAUAGUGGAGUGUUUCCCAUAUGGUAUUGGUGUGCUGGAUAUCCCUUCAGUGGUAGCCUGGUAACAUACACUCCCAGGUCUUUCUCUGCCUCAGUGGUGGAUAGUGAAGUGUUUCCCAUGUGGUAUUGGUGUGCUGGAUAUCCCUUCACUGGUAGCCUGGUAACAUACACUCCCAGGUCUUUCUCUGCCUCUGUGGUGGAUAGUGGAGUGUUUCCCAUGUGGUAUUGGUGUGCUGGAUAUCCCUUCACUGGUAGCCUGGUAACAUACACUCCCAGGUCUUUCUCUGCCUCUGUGGUGGAUAGUGGAGUGUUUCCCAUGUGGUAUUGGUGUGCUGGAUAUCCCCUCCCAAGGUGCAGGACUUUACAUUUUUCAUCAUUGCAUUGUAGCAGCCACUUUUUGUUCCACUCCUAUAUCUUUUUGAUGUCUUCUUGUAGGAAAUCCACAGUCAAGAGGUUAAAAAUAGGCCUUUCUGACAAACUGUUGCAAUUUUUAUAACACUCUUACUUCCCUUAUAAGAUUAUAUUACGUUGUUUGUCUGUCCACAACACAAGUCCUACAGCAAUACUUCCUCUCUGCAACACAAGUCCUACAGCAAUACUUCCUCUCCACAACACAAGUCCUACAGCAAUACUUCCUCUCCACAACACAAGUCCUACAGCAAUACUUCCUCUGUACAACACAAGUCCUACAGCAAUACUUCCUCUCUGCAACACAAGUCCUACAGCAAUACUUCCUCUCCACUACACAAGUCCUAUAGCAAUACUUCCUCUCCACAACACAAGUCCUACAGCAAUACUUCCUCUCCACAACACAAGGCCUACAGCAAUACUUCCUCUCCACAACACAAGUCCUACAGCAAUACUUCCUCUCUGCAACACAAGUCCUACAGCAAUAUUUCCUCUCCACAACACAAGUCCUACAGCAAUACUUCCUCUCCACAACACAAGUCCUACAGCAAUACUUCCUCUCCACAACACAAGUCCUACAGCAAUACUUCCUCUCCACAACACAAGUCCUACAGCAAUACUUCCUCUCCACAACACAAGUCCUACAACAAUACAAGGAUCGUAAUGUUACGUCUACGUAAAGACGAGAAAUAAGCAAACAGUGAGUGCUGGGCUGACGUAACCUUGCCUCGACGUACAGAGAUCAAAGUGUGAAUUGAAGUUACUUAUACAAACAUCUCGUAAGUAAGGUUGACAAGUUAUAUUCCAUCAGUUUAAAUGAUGUAAUCUUCCCUAUACAUACAGAUCAAGGCAACAUAUGAAAUGAAAUGAGGUUACUUAUACAAACAUCUCGUAGGUAAGGUUGGCGUAACUUAUAUUUUGGUAGUUUAAAUGACAUAAUCUUCUCUAUACGUACAGGUCAAAGUAACAUACGACAUACGAGUUAAUUGAGGUUACUCAUACAAACAUCUCAAAGGUAAGGUUGGUGUACCUUAUAUUUUGCUAGUUUAAAGGAUGUAAUCUUCACUAUACAUAGAGAUCACAGUAACAUACAACAUAUGAAAUGAAUUGAGGUUACUUAUACAAACAUACCAGUGAAUUGAGGUUACUUAUACAAACAUACCAGUGAAUUGAGGUUACUUAAACAAACAUACCAGUGAAUUGAGGUUACUUAUACAAACAUACCAGUGAAUUGAGGUUACUUAAACAAACAUACCAGUGAAUUGAGGUUACUUAUACAAACAUACCAGUGAAUUGAGGUUACUUAUACAAACAUACCAGUGAAUUUAAGUUACUUAUACAAACAUGCCAGUGAAUUGAGGUUACUUAUACAAACACCUCGCAGGUUAAGGUUGACAUAACUUAUAUAUCGUUAGUUUAAGAGACGUAAUCUUGCCUAUACGUACAGAGAUCAAAAUAACAUAUCUCGAGGGUAGGGUUCACGUAACUUGUAUUUCAUUAGUUUAAGGUUACGUAUACUUACAAUAACGUUGUAAAGAGGGAAAGAAUAAAGGAAAGAAAGAAGGUGUGUUGAAAGGUCAUCUUAUCGCCUACAAACACCUAGAGCCAAACAUUGGGGCGAGGGAGGGAGGGAAGGGUAGCACACACACACACACACACACACACACACACA